UCUAAUCCGCCCCUGCCAUGGCGGCUUGGGCUGCAGAUGUUCAGCUGAAGGCGCAAGCUGCGGCUCCUGGAGCUGGAUACCCUGUGACAUUGAACACCUGUCGCUCAACCUCCCCGACCCCGGCAGGCCGAGGUGGCAGCGUUCAUGUGCCUGGCGUGCCUCCCGGCGUGUCUGGGCAGCCACGAGCUUAUGCAGCUCCACUGCGGCCCAUUCCAGUGAGAAGCAGCUCCACUCCCACAGCCGUACCUUGCAACAUGCUGCCACCUGGCCCGUACGGCCCAGCGCAGACACAGCGGCAGGCACCUGUGGCGCUGCCUCUCCAUCCUUCCAUGCCCGCUGCACCGGUGCCUCUACGCGCGCCGUCGCGAGACGCGCCGCUGAACGCGGGGGUGCGCACGCCGCCGCUGCCGAUGCCUGUGUGGCAACCAGUGCCGAGCGGUCGCACCGAUGUUUCAGUCUCUCCAGUCUCUCCCAUCGCGACGCCAGCGGCAGCAGCGAAGCAAAGCCCCACGUUGACGGUGCUGAUCCGGGACUUUGAGAUGACUGCCAACCUGCCUUCAGAUUGGGUGUCUGAUCUCAGUUGCUGUGCCAGCCUGGCCGAACACAUCUUGAUGGUGGUCUCUGAAUUGGCCCAAGGUCUUCGAAUUCUUGUCUCCUUGGAGCCUUCGGGUCCAAGUGUGCCAGUGCCGAGGACGGGACGCGAAGAUCCAGCAUGGCAUCAGGUCUAUGGUAACUAUCAGGAACUCCUUGCCGAAGCACUUCAACUGUCCAAUGCUGACAGCGUCCGUGGCUUCUUCCAACAGUCCAGCUGUGCCAUACCUGGGAAAAUCACUUGGCGCUUGGGAGAGGUGCAGGGUUUUCUCCGGCUUUGCUUCACCGCCUUUGGUCUCCCAGCACCCAAUUGUCAUCCGGCAGUGUGGUAUCAGUUGAUCAGAGAGGUUACCGACGAUGCUGCAGGGACGAUCAACGAAGACCAGUCGUUGCAACUGCUGCGACUCGUGCUGUGGCGGCUUUCAGGUUCGCAAGCAGAAAAGGAGGUGCAGCCUGCACAAGGAUCACGCCUUGGGGUUGUGGGCAGUGCUGAAGGCCUGGCUGCCAGUGUGGCAAACAUGUCCUCCAAGGCUCUUUUGGAUUUCACAUGGGUGGGAGAAGGUCACUGGACCAUGUUUGCCGCGACAGCCCCCUUGAAUUUGGCGCAGGAUCGCCGCAACAGCAUCGAAGAGCGCUCCAUCUUGACUUGGGGCGCCAAUGCCAAUCGUCAGUGCCUGUCAGAUGAUGCCAGGGUGGUGCCAGCUCCCAAACAUGUGGCAUUUCUGCGGCCCCUGCGGUCCUUGGCUGCUGGAUGGGAAGGCUCACUGUUGAUUGAUGCGGAUGGAAGCCUCUGGGGCGGUGGCAGCAAUCGUGGCCAGUGCUUGUCAGAAGAACUCAGUGAUGAACAUGUCCCCUUGUCGCGUUUGGACAUUGCGGAGCUGGAUGGGGUCCCCUUUGAAGCCGCUGACAUGGGCCGCGAUCAUAUUUUGGCGAUCCUGGAAGGUGGUCGAGCGGUGAUUUCCUGGGGACCUUCCAAUGAGUUUGGACAGAUCGGACAUGGGCUUCCGUAUCGUUCGCGGGUCAGACCUGGGGUUGUCCACUUGGGCGGCGUGUUGGUGAAGCAAGUGGCCUGUGGAGAACACCAUUCGUUGGUUCUCACCGCGCACGGGGAGGUCUAUUCCUUCGGCUGCAAUCUGCAUGGCGCUUUGGGCUCUGGUAGAUGUGGAUCUCAAGAACAAGCGGAACGGGUACUAGGCAAUCACCUCCGCAGCAUGCCGGUGCGGGGUAUCUCUGCGGGGGCUCAGAGUUCCAUGGCUCUCUCCAUCGGUGGCCACGUCUUCUGCUGGGGAUGCAAUGGUCGUGGGCGCUUGGGCCUGGGUCCUGCCUAUGAUCAGGAGCCUACGGUUUUAGCCCCUGUGGUGGUACCAAAUCUUCCGGGAGUCGCCAGGGCCAUCGCGGCUGGCGGCCAACAUUCUGCUGUCAUUUUGCGUCGAGGGCGCUUGUUCCUAGCAGGAGACAAUCGAUCCGGUCAACUGGGACAGUCCAGGAAAGAUGUGGAUUGGACCAGUACAUUCUUCGAGCUUCCUUUUCAAGACUACAUGCUGAGAGUUCGUACAGUUUCCCUUGGCAAGAAACACACUCUGAUCCUUUCCUAUCAUGGGGAGCUGUAUGCCUGUGGCUGCAAUGCGGAGGGGCAACUCGGGAGCAAAGCGGCUCAACCUGAUACCACACAACCGGUGGAUGUACCUGUGCGACUGAGCUUGCAGUUGGAUGAGGCCUCCAAAGAUUGCAUGGUGGUGGGCUUGUCCUCCUGUCAUGAUCAUACGGUGGCCAUGGUCGUGUCGAUUCCCGAGGGCACCAAGCGUGAAGGUCAGCCGAAGAUUUCCUCAGGCCGACCUCAGACCUCUGCCUCCACCCGUGGGGACAUGGGCCCAGAUGCCAUGCAAACGCAGCGUGCCAACCGUGCAGCUCUCUUCAUCAAGACCAUGAAUACCAUCCAUGAGGACGUGCUUCCAGCCCAGAAUCCAUUGCCGAGCUUUGAGGCCAUCACCAACCGUGAUUUGCCGCGGCCUUCCACGGGACAAGCCGGAGGGCGCAGCUCGGAAAGCCUGUCCUCUGGGUGCACCAGCCGUGUAGGGCGGUCUCCAAGAGGUCUCAGUGUGGUGUCCAAGUCCAAGAAAACUGGAGAUGAAGGGAUGCUGGCAGAAGAAGUUGUUCUGCUUCAACCCGUGGUUCAACCUGGUGUGGCUGCAUCGGUUGGCUUUGCAAGUUUGUCAGUGGCGAAGCUAUUGUCCCUAAUUCAGUCCGCCCAAAGUAGCUCCCCAGCUGCCAUCGAUGACUUGAGAAGUUCACUUUCGGCUGCGUUUGCCAGCCCCUCACUGCUCAAUGCUUCCUUCUGCUUUCCCGGGCUCUACAAACCGCGCCUGGAUGCGGGAGGCCUCCUAAAUGUUUUCAAGGGCUUGAUCCAAAGUGAAGCCUUGUUCGCCCAAGUGGAGAUGCACAUCAUCAAUGCGGCCUUUGAGGGUCUCAGCAUGUGGGCCAAUGAUCAUGACGAAGCGGCCUCAUUGAUCCACCGGGACCAGCUUCGUGGCCUGGCGGCGCUGCUGCUCUCCCCGGUGCUGGCGGAGCCCGAAAAGCCGCAGCCCUACGAAGUGAUGUCACGGAUCAUGCGGCUGGUGGCCUGGAUGCCUGCGGAGGGCCGACGCGAAUUGCAAGAGGUCCUGGUGGACGACUGCUCCGAGGAGGAGGUCCUCCGCGGGUUGGUGCGGCGCGUGCGGAGCCAUUGCGACGAGACGGUGAAGCGAGCGCAUCAGAUGCAGCGGCUGUCGCCGGAGAUCUGGGAAGGCUUGAUGUUGCUGCAACUACUUUGGGGCACCAAUGAAGCCAUCGCCCAACGCUUGGCAUCUUCGCUGCGCUCCUCGGAAUGGGAGCCGGACUUUGGGCAAAGCCUCUCCCAGACCUUGUCGCAGCUGGCCACCAGGGCCAGCUCCUAUCUGGGGCGCUUCACCUUGGCCCCUCAGCUCCGCGCACCGGUGCCGGCCUUCGAAUUUCACUUGCAAAGCCUGGCGGAAGAAAAGGUUCCUCCAGAGCUUGAAUUUCGGCUUUUCGUUGAGAAUGCUUGUGCUGGUCCCAUCACCCCCUCUGAGGUCUUGGAGCUUCCCCUCUACGCCGCGCGCACGGACUACGGCUUCGAGUACGUCCUGCCCAGCAAGAUGCGGAGCUUCAUGGCGAAUCGGAAUCUGGUCCCGGUCUCGUACACCCGCAAAGUCUUACAGGUGGAGAAUCAUCACGCGCAGGUCUAUCUUCAACAUCAGGUGGCCAGGCGAGUGGCUGCAGAUUUGGAAGUGUUGCCAGGGCAUGAGAUCCACAUCGACCCUGCCCUGCUCUUCUUCAUCCUGAAGGUCCAUCGAGAUCGAAUCCUGGAAGAUACCACGGCAGCCCUGCAGAAAGCCACGCCCGAGGAUCUCAGGAGACAGCUGAAGGUGGUCUUUGAAGGUGAGCAGGGCGUCGAUGAAGGCGGGUUGGCGCGUGAGUUUUUCCGGCUUCUCAGUGCCCACGUCUUCACCGUGGACGGCGGUUUGUUCGAUCCCCUUGUGGCACAGAACGCCCGCGUCUUGUGGUUCAACUCGGCGUCAGAGCGGGAAUCCACAGAGUUCUGGUUGGCCGGGGUGAUUUUGGGCCUGGUGGUUUACAACAACAUGCCUGGACUGGAUGUGCGCUUCCCCCCGGUGGUUUUCAAGAAGAUCAAGAAUGAGCAGCUGGUGCUGGAGGAUCUCCGGCAGGUGCACCCUGAGACCUACUUGUCCUUACGCUCCCUGCUGUCCUGGGAGCCAGAGGAGGACCUCAUGGCUGAGGAAUUGAACAGCGUCUUUGAAAACACCUUCUGCCUGGACUUCGUGGUGACCUACGAGAUGAACGGCAAGACGGAGACCCGGGAGCUCUGUGAAGGAGGAAAAGAGAGGGUGGUGACAUACAAGAACCGGGAAGAAUUUGUUCGCCUGUACUGCGAAUGGCUGUUGACUGAGAGCGUUGAACGGCAAUUUGAGCCCUUCAGAAAAGGUGUGAGGCGAGUGUGCGACUCACCCCUCUUCAACGCCCUACACAGCGCGGAGUUGGAGUUGAUCGUUUGCGGAGAGCAGGAUUUGGAUUUCGCCCAGCUGCGCAAGAACGCCCAUUACGACGGCUACCAGGAGGAUUCGGAAUAUGUCGCUUCUUUCUGGAAGUUACUCAUGAACUUUGACCUGGUUCAGAAGAAGCGCUUUCUGUCGUUUGUCACGGGUAGUGAUCUAGCCCCCGUGGGAGGACUGCAGGAGCUACAGCUGGUGAUACAGAGAAAUGGUGACGAGCCAACUGAGCGAUUGCCAACAGCACAUACCUGUUUUAACUUACUUCUUCUGCCAGAGUACGGCACGACUGCCAAACUCGAGCGUAUGGUUGUCACUGCCAUGCACAAUGCAGAGGGCUUUGGUUUGGAAUGAUGCCAAUCAGCUGGCCCAGCCGCACAGAAGAUCUGUGCCG